CUUCGUUCCUGCUACAUGUAUUUUCAAGUAUUCUAUUUGUUGUUUUGAAUUAGAAUACGUUGCAUUGUUAGGAAGGAGAAUUACGGUUGGGAGAAUUGUUGAGGUCCAAUCAUGGAGGAUUUUGACUGGACCUCUGAGGACAGUGUUGACCCUGAUGCAAUCUCACCACUGCCUCCAUUAGUGAUAUGGACCAGCAGAAGGACAGUUGCGUGUUCUCCAGCGCCAAGUGCAUCAUCUUAUGGUCCACUUUAUCCAGCUCUUCACCACGCAUACCCCAAUAGUGGUAAUCAAGUAGCCACAUCAGAAGUCUACUCCUCCCCUUAUUCUCUUCAGAUUACAACAUUCAGCCCGUGGAACACACGAACAUCUUCCUCCGCUGUUCUUCAAGACCAUUUUCCCAUGGACUUGGUGGGGGGAAACUUCAGGGACCGUCGACUAGGCAUCCAGAGGAACGAAGAUACAAAGCCCAGUGAUGUUUCAACUACAGCCAUCGAAAAACCAUGUUUGGCUCCGUUGACAUCGGCAAUGGACAAGGACCAAAUUCCGCAAGACAACAGUCCUGUUCACUGCUAUCCGGAGCCCGUUUCAGAUCAGUACACAAGCUACGAGGAAGUACCGUUUCACUCUGAAUAUGGCAAUCACUCCAGCAUGUCUGCCGAUGUAGACGUCCACGCAGGGCAUGUACACAAUAUCGGACAUUUUCCAGUAUCUUCCAAAGCGGCUAGCUUACCAGAGGAUCCCAAGAACCACGGUCGUGAAAUGAUCAACAAUCAUCAUACCUCUGAUCUGUUAUCUGAGGUUGUCUGUCAACUUCAAGCUGAAAUUCGUCAACCAGAAAACAGGCUCUGCCAAGAAACCGGAAACGCACUUGAUCACCAACCCGAUAGGCUUGAUCGUGGACAUUCACAUCCUGGAGAAAAGCAAUGUAAAUGUAAGCAUUGCGAUAAAUCAUUUUCUACUCAAUCUUGUCUAACUGCUCAUGAAUGUACACAACCAGUGGAGAAUUCGUUGAAGUGUAAAGUGUGUUAUAAAACUUUCUCUACGCGAUCUAAUCUUACCCGUCAUGCACGAAUGCACUCAGGAGACAAAACGUUCAAGUGCAAGUACUGCACAAAGCCAUUCAGUGACAAAUACGGCCUACAUGUUCAUGAACGUAUCCAUACCGGGGAAAAGCCAAACAAGUGUGAUUACUGUGGUCAAAAAUUUGCCAAACGUCACAACCUAACAUUUCAUGAACGUACUCAUACUGGAGAGAGGCCAUACAAGUGUAACUUGUGUGACAAGUCAUUCACGACGACAUCACAUCUCACAGUGCAUCAACGCAUCCAUACUGGUGAAAAACCAUACAAGUGUAAAGUAUGUGGCAAAGCAUUCCGGGAAUUGUCAACUCUCGCAAAUCAUCAACGAAUCCAUACGGGAAAGAAACCAUUUUCGUGUAAGGAAUGUGGAAAGUCUUUCACUUGGAAAUCCGGCCUAACAUGUCAUGAAAGAAUCCAUCGAUGAGAGAUACUGAUCAAUUGUCAGCGAUCGUGAAAGUCCUUCGAUACGAAAAACCAGAUGGAAGACCAUGCAGAUACAAACAACCUAAACAGAAGGCGACUUGUUCCCAAGAUGAUGGAAAAUGCUAUUGCUAGGUCCGUUCUGAACCCGAAGUAGCCAAAAUGUCUUUUACAGCCCAAUCUGAUAUCACUGCUUAUGCUAUGCUAUGAUAACGUCAACAUAUGGAGCAAUACAAGCAUUAUAAUUUUUCAUUCCAUUUCAGUUGAUAUCCGCUGUUUCUUUCCUUGUUUUCCACUGCAUUUCUUACACAGAAGGAACGUGUUUCCAUAUUUACCGUGCAUUAAAAACAUAAUUGCGCUCAACGUUCCUGUAUGGUGCAUUUUUGAUAAAUCAGUCCUGUUUUAUAUCGGAUAUCCUGCUUCUGGAGCAGGAAUGCCUGGAAUGGAUCUUUUCGCUUAUAGACGCCAUGUGCUGUUUUCAAGUUCGCACAUUAUGCCAAACUGUUAUGCAUGUAUGUACACUUGGUCCCAUGUGUAGUGUAGUGUAGUAACUUUGUACUCCUUGUCACAACUCGUCGAACUCUU